GCGGAUGUUUCUUGUGUGAGCAGCACUCAAACUCACCGCUGUGCGUCUUUACGCUCAGAGAUCAUCCACUCCUGAUCCCCCCUCACGCACUCUGCGCUCUGUCUCUGUUUCUUUUCCCACAGCAACCUCACCUGCGAAGCCACAGCGGAGGACAGCGGACACUUUGCUGACUGACGGACCCAAAAAAAAAAAAAGAGACAUCUCGGUGCACUUUCACUAUGGAGGAGAGCCGAGAAGAGUAACUUAGUGUAGCCUUUUACAGCACCUAAAACCUGACUGCAAGAGAGGAAAGCGAUCUUCACAAUGAGCCGAUAAAUUCCUGCUUUCUUUGGAGAGUGGAUUGACCAUCUCCUAACAGUUGAGGAGACGAACAGAGAGGCCGUUACUCGCUUAUUUGAGUCCUCAGAUGGACCAAGUGCCCUCGGCACUGGCCGCUAAGAUGCGCUGGAUCACGCUGGUGCUUGCCGGCUUGACUUUCUGGGGCAAAGUGACUAUUUGUAACUGUUUCGACUACGAGGAGCCAGACUAUGAUUACUACGAGGAGGAUAAAGCGGAGACCAUUGACUACAAAGACCCGUGCAAAGCUGCUGUAUUCUGGGGUGACAUCGCUUUAGAUGAGGAGGACCUGCGCAUGUUUCAGAUCGACAGAACGAUAGACCUCACACAGCACACACACAUGCGCACACAUUCCCGACAGGGCCACACAUCUGGUGGUCUGGAGGAACAUGAAACUGCAAAGAAGAGAGGAUCGUUAUAUCUGCUGCUGGAGAGAAUACGCAGGUUUGGCUUUGACUAUCUCCCAAAGAACUCCAGCAAGGGAUCUACUAGUCCUAAGAGCCAAACCGGGAAAGGCGGGAAGACGGGUAAUGUGGUGAAGAGUCGAAUCCCCCGAGCAGCCACAUCCCGAGCCGAGAGGAUAUGGCCUGGAGGAGUAAUUCCCUACGUCAUUGGAGGAAACUUCACUGGUAGUCAGAGGGCUAUGUUCAAACAGGCCAUGCGUCACUGGGAGAAACAGACGUGUGUGACGUUUAUCGAGAAGACGGAUGAGGAAAGCUACAUCGUGUUCACCUACAGACCCUGUGGGUGUUGUUCCUAUGUGGGUCGUCGUGGCAAUGGGCCCCAGGCCAUCUCCAUAGGGAAGAACUGCGACAAGUUUGGCAUCGUGGUGCACGAACUGGGUCACGUCAUUGGCUUCUGGCAUGAGCACACGCGGCCUGACCGUGACGAUCAUGUGACCAUCAUCAGGGAUAACAUCCAGCCAGGCCAGGAGUAUAACUUUCUCAAGAUGGAGCCGGGGGAGGUCAACUCUCUGGGGGAGCCGUACGAUUUUGACAGCAUUAUGCACUACGCCAGGAACACCUUCUCACGGGGGAUGUUCCUCGACACCAUCCUUCCAUCCAGAGAUGAAAAUGGGGUUCGGCCUGCUAUUGGCCAGAGGACCAGGCUCAGUAAAGGAGACAUUGCACAGGCAAGGAAGCUGUAUAGAUGUCCAGCAUGCGGAGAGACACUCCAAGAGUCAACAGGCAACUUCUCGUCUCCUGGUUACCCCAACGGAUACCCUUCAUACACACACUGUGUCUGGAGAAUAUCUGUUACACCUGGAGAAAAGAUUGUCCUGAACUUCACCACCAUGGAUCUGUAUAAAAGCAGUCUGUGUUGGUACGACUACAUAGAGGUUCGGGAUGGAUACUGGAGGAAAGCUCCACUCCUCGGCAGGUUUUGUGGUGAUAAAGUCCCUGAUGUAUUGAUCUCCACUGACAGCAGGAUGUGGAUUGAGUUCCGUAGCAGCAGUAACUGGGUGGGAAAAGGCUUCGCUGCUAUUUAUGAAGCGAUCUGUGGAGGUGAAAUCACCAAGGACUCAGGACAGAUUCAGUCUCCAAACUACCCCGACGACUACAGACCAUCCAAAGAGUGUGUGUGGAGGAUCACCGUGUCCGAGGGCUACAACGUCGGACUCAGCUUCCAAGCUUUUGAGAUCGAGAGACAUGACAGCUGUGCCUACGACUACCUUGAGGUCAGAGACGGCCCUCUAGAGACAAGCCCACUGAUUGGUCGAUUUUGUGGCUAUGACAAACCCGAGGAUGUGCGUUCCACUUCUCACACCUUGUGGAUGAAGUUUGUCUCAGACGGGACGGUCAACAAGGCCGGCUUUGCUGCAAACUUCUUCAAAGAGGAGGAUGAGUGUGCCAAGCCAGACAAUGGUGGAUGUGAACAGAGGUGUGUAAACACUCUCGGCAGCUUCAAGUGUGCCUGUGACCCCGGCUAUGAGCUAGCUCCUGACAAGAAGAGCUGUGAAGCUGCAUGUGGCGGCCUUCUCUCAAAGCUGAACGGGACCAUCAGCACUCCCGGCUGGCCUAAAGAGUAUCCACCUAACAAGAACUGUGUGUGGCAGGUGGUCGCUCCCACUCAGUACCGCAUCUCCAUGCAGUUUGAGGCCUUUGAACUGGAAGGAAACGAGGUGUGUAAAUACGACUAUGUGGAGGUACGGAGUGGCCUCUCCUCCGACUCAAAGCUGCAUGGUAAAUACUGUGGCACGGAGGUCCCUGAAGUCAUCACGUCUCAGUACAACAACAUGAGGAUUGAGUUCAAGUCAGACAACACCGUCUCUAAGAAAGGCUUCAAGGCUCACUUCUUCUCAGACAAAGAUGAGUGCAGCAAGGACAACGGAGGCUGCCAGCACGAGUGCAUCAACACAGUGGGCUCUUACGUUUGUCAGUGUCGCCACGGCUUUGUACUGCAUGAGAACAAACAUGACUGUAAGGAAGCUGAGUGUGAGCAUAAAAUCCACAGCCCCAGUGGGACCCUGAGCAGCCCCAACUGGCCGGACAAGUAUCCCAGCCGUAAGGAGUGCACCUGGGACAUCACAGCCACGCCAGGACACCGAGUCAAGAUUACCUUCAAUGAGUUUGAGAUCGAGCAGCAUCAGGAGUGUGCGUACGACCAUCUGGAGGCCUUCGAUGGGGACAGUGACACGGCAGCCAUCUUGGGUCGAUUGUGUGGCAGUAAGAUCCCAGAGCAGCUGGUCUCCACCGGCAACAAGAUGUACCUCCGCUUCAUUUCUGAUGCUUCAGUGCAGAGGAAGGGUUUCCAAGCUACACACUCAACAGAAUGUGGAGGUCGUUUGAAAGCAGAAGUUCGUCAGAAGAACCUCUACUCUCACGCUCAGUUUGGAGACAAUAAUUAUCCAGGCCACACUGACUGUGAUUGGCUGCUAACAGCUGAACAGGGCUACGGCAUAGAGCUGACCUUCAUCACCUUUGAGGUAGAGGAGGAAGCUGACUGUGGUUAUGACUAUAUCGAGCUGUACAACGGGUACGACGCCAACUCACAUCGACUCGGUCGCUUCUGUGGUUCAGGGCCCAGGGAGGGGAUCUACUCACCCGGCGGAGCUAUGCUGAUCCGUUUCCACAGCGACGACACAAUCAGCAAAAAGGGCUUCCACAUCCGCUACACGAGCACCAAGUUCCAGGAGAGCCUUCACACUCGGAAAUGACCUCAGAUGACCCCGCGAUCUCUGACCUCUGUGCAACCCUGACCUUCACCAUGGCAAUGAGGAAAGUACAGCCUGUCCCCUCUUUUUGGACACUACAGGCAGAGGUGGACGCUUGCCAGGCACGGGAGGAAGACAACACUCAAAACAUUCGUCUCUCUUUGUGGCUCCGUAUCUCAUUCUGAGAUGGGAAAAAACAACAAGAUUUCAAAAUAAGAGCUUUGACUAAUGAGGGGAAAAACGCCAAGGAUUGAGCGGAGGAGAUUUAUCAUCGGACAUCAAGGUCCCCUCAGCGUGGAGGGAGGGUUGCUGAACGUGCAAACUUGUUUACUGAGACACUCUAACGCUGCGAAUACAGAAUAAAAGAGUACAAACACAUAAAUGUACUAGAUUAAUAUUCAUAAUUAUAAACUAUGGAUGCUUGAGGAAGUAAGGCUUCAAAACAAAAAGAAAAUGCCUCCAAAAAGGGAGUUUUUCCCGACUCCUUGAUCCUUGAACUGUGCGACUUACUGUGAUCAGACGGCUGCUCAUACCCACACAAGCUCUACAGACAUUUUUAUUGCCUUUGAUGCCUGGGAACUGGUCUGUUUAACCCAGCUCAGAAUGGCUGCAGAUGAUUUUAUUUCAUGUCUUAUUGUAAAAAAACAAACAUUGUGUUUACUGUUUGUGUGUGUGUGUGUGUGUGUGUGUGUGUACAAAGAAAGAAACUAAAGGCUGAAUGCCGUCAUGUUGCCCUUUUUGCUUAAAGCUUCUGCUGACGACCAUCAUGUAUGGAAAUGAAAAACUGGAGACUUUACAAAUGAUCUGUGAUGCUAAUGUUAAGCCUUGCAUUAUGUUUUGUGCAUUUUUUUAAGUAUCAAGACCAUCUUGGAACAAACGGAGCAACUUUUUAAGGAUGUUUCCACCUCAACCUCAACACCCAUCCUUUUUUUUUCCAAGUGGAUGUCGGAAAGGGAAUAUUUUCACAGCUGUCUCUCGGAGUGGCACGAUUCUGACUGAAGGAGAGAUUCCCAUGGUGCUAAAAAUACAAACUACACUGACUGACAGACGACUGCCGAUAGAAGCAAAGUCUUUGAGUCGGAGACGCAGUCGGCGUGCAAACAGCAUCAACAGCACUAGUCCUGUGGAACUACAACAUUGCCUUAGAACCAAAAUGUAUGCUAUCAGAGGCUGCUGUGGUGUGUCAGCUGAGUGAUUUUUGAGGUUUUUCGGCAGCGCAUUUCAAUUUAUUUGGAUUUCUGAAUGGUCUUAUGGUGAAAAACAAAACAUGGGAAAUGUAGUCUGUAUGUGAGAUAGAGUGUCAAUGGUGCAUGCGUGUUUGUGUGUCAUUUUUGUAGCUGCUCUCAGAGAAACAAACACAAACGCUCACACAUCCACUGAAACACACGACUCAUUGGUGUGCUUUUUACCUGAACACAUACUUCUGUCUCCCUUCUGUGUAUUUGGAGCUAGGAGUAAAGCGAGGUGCUUUAAACAUGAAGGAAAACAAGGUGCACGCAGGCUGCAUCGUUUCUGUGAUCAAAUACAAAUGUGUAAGUGUGUGUUAUAGAAGAUUCUAGAUGAGUAAUGUGAGUGUAUGACUGUAAACUGUGUUUUUUAAGUUGAAUCUUUCAUCACUGUAUGUGCCAAUCUCCAGGUGACCCUGACCCACUGUAGUUUUGUUUUAUCAUUCCACCUCAGUGUCUGUAGCUCAAGAGACACUGACAUGACAUCCUCUGCAUCAGUCAUUAAAAUACACACAGCUUAUAAAAUGA